GUGGCUGGCGUCUUAUUAAUGAUAUAUGUUAUUCUUUAGGUAUGUGGCAGCAUUUCUCAUUCACACCAAUUUCUGCCUUCCACUGCAUUUAUGUAUUCAAUACUUGUUUUGCACAAAAGAAAUAGUCAAAUGUUGGUUCUUAAAGCUGCAAUAUGUCAUUUUUUGGGCGACCGACCAAAUGCACAUAGAAAUGUGUGUUAUAUAUCUCAUUGAAACCAGUAGCUCUGUUCUAUGUGCGCUAUUUAUAUGCUUCCUAUUCUUACAUUUAUUUUUUGGUCUUUUUCUUUCGGUUUUGUACAUUAAUUUCAAACAGCUGAAAAUACAAUAUUUUUUGUUAUGGAAAAUGUAUUUCACAGCGGUUUAGACAGUACAAUACAUCUCUACACUAUUCUUGCUUGUUUUGUCACAACAUGAAAUUAGGCGACUAUUAGAAUUUUAGCAACCAGGAAAUGGCGAAGGGAUUUAUGUAUAGUGCAUCUUUAAUUUCCGAAUAGCAAUAGUUUUUUUAAUGGAAUUUAUUUUACUUGACAGUAAUCCGGGGAAUAUAAUGACUGUAACACCUACCGUUCACAGGCAAGAUGGCGCUGAUUUUGAGCAAUGGAUAUCUGGAGAUUACAAGCACAUAUGAAAAUUCCUGUUCUUAAUCAAAUGGAUAGGUCCUUUAACGUUACCCGUAUGUCGACAAAUCUAAAUUGGUCGAAUUAUUCGUGCAGUGUAUUAUCUCUGAAAUAGAGCAAGCUAAAUUUGCACAUUAGCUAACCAUUACAUCUCAUAAACUUGAUGAGUGUUCUGUUGAAAUCAAAAGGCAAAACAGCAGCUUUCAUUAAUGCUUCUCGUCUGUAUAAAAUUGGUCGCAAUUGAAUGUAUUGAGCAUAACCUUGGUGUGUAAGUAAUGUAUAGCCAGUGAGUAGUUACACAACACGCGUGUAUUUCAGAGAUUAGUGAAUAGGAUCAAUCUCCCUCUGAGGGAAGAAAAAACUAAUUGAAGAGCUGUCGUUCAGGACUUCUGUGUCCUGCCCUAGCACGUCAUCAAAGUUCUCAGAGCAUCAAAUUACUAUCAAGGUACAGUAUAUCCACUCAACUUCUUAAUGUAAAAUUAUUACUUCAUACUCCAUAUUGAUUCUAGAUUACAAUUCUUACUGUGUGAUGUCUGAGUUUAAGUUAUUUAAAGAGAACACCUUCACCCACCCAAAAUAUGAUACUCAAAAUAACGCAAUUUCGGCUCAUGUUCCCCAGCAGUUAUGUACCACAGACGUCCUUAUCCAGACCCUUGUGGCCAGAAAUGUCCCACAUCAGCCGUGAAGAAGAGGAGAGGCAGCACAAAGUGGUUCUAGAAAAUGUGAACACUCUUCUUGCAAAGGAAGACUAUAGAGGACUUUUUGCAGUUGUCCAUUUUGCAAGUCGACAAUGGAAAGUGACAAAUGAGGACCUGAUCUUCAUUGAAAACCACAUUGAUGCUGAAUGUGGUGACCAGAUUAGACUUGAAGGUGUUGCUGGUUGGUGGAGAAGAGUUCACACUGAUUGGGAGGCCCCUACUCGGUUAUUGAGCAACCACAGACAGUGCUUCGGAUCAACACAAUUGAAGUUGCUCCCAGAUUGAGAUGAUGCUAUAUGUUUUGAAUUGUAAAUAAACUUUUGGUCAGUGAAUGUGCCACUGAAAUUGAGAACACGUGCUCAGUAUGAAAAUAUAAUGGGAAAACGUAUUUAUAUACAACAUUUGGUAACUUUAAAGUUAAUAUUUGUAAAUGUACCUUUUUUUAUGUAAGAAGAUGUGCUUAUAUUGUACAUCUACAACAAUCUGUGGUUGGUCAAUUAUUUAUGAAUCUGUCAUGAAAUUGGUGAAAUUCAGGCACAGUUUCUCGCCUAUAUGACAAAUAGCCAUAUGAAAUGUUGCUGAGUCGAGAAACCUAGCUUGAAGACAGAAAAGAAGGAAAACUUGAGGUAUUCCAGCCUGGUCUCAUAGACUAGACAUAACAUAGUAAACAAAAACCCGAGACACAACGUUUUCACACUUGGUCCCUUUCAGACAAUUUUUGUGAACUCUGUGGUUUGCUUAAUUUUUUUUGUGCAGUGUGAACACUCCAAAAGAACUCAGACCCCUCAAAAGAGCCCCGGAAGCGAUCCAAACUGAGACCAUCUCGAGAGGUGGUCUGACUUCGCUUUGCUUGAAUAUGGGGUCUGGUUCCCUUUUUUAGGACAAUGUGAACACCAAGCUCUCCAAGUUCGCUUGUCAUUAUUCCCGCACCACACACUAGACUACUGCAACACUAUUUCCCUUGCCAUAAACCCUCACGUUGGUGAGAGUUUAUGAGGAUGUGUAUGUUCGCGGGAAAAACUGCUGUUUUUGGAUAUUGACUAGCAAUUGUCAAGGACUUUAAUUUUUGUUGAGAUAGGUUUUUUGCUAUAUGUGAUCUAUAGGCUAAGAGAGCUUCAUAAGCUGUUUAUUGAUUGUGGAGUUUGAAUAGUGUGAGAUGACAACAAAUUUGGUGAAAAUCACAUCAUAGGGUAGGCAAUCUAUUCUAGCUCUUAAAGGGGCAGUAGCCCACCUUGGGUGUACAUUUUUUAAUGACAGCAUUAUUUAUUCUGCAGUUACUCUAUUGCUAUGUAUUAUGUUACCAAUCAAAUGUACCUUUAACUAAAUGCAAUCUAUUAGCUUCUAAAAUGUAAGUAGGUAUAUCUACCUGUCCAGUAACACAUUUGGAUUAAAUGGCUUGUCCUGCACUUUGUAAAAACCCAGAGUGCAUGUUGGAAAAAGAUCUUGGUUCCUUUCUAAACAUAGCAAUGUGAAUGCAAAGAGGACUCGGCCCACAAAAUAGGUGAAGUGAACUGGAAAAAGAUUUGAGUCCUCAUUGAAAGGUCAGUUCUUUUAAAACUCCCUCAAAAUAUUAUGGUAUAAUUAUAUAAGACAGAAUGUUACUGUCUUCGGAGGGUGAUUGGGCAGGGUGGACAUCUAGUAACACAAAUGUUGCGUGUUUGAAUGUCAUCACGAGCAACUUUAGCAUUUUAGCUAAUUAACAACUUUGCAACUACUUAAUAUGUUUGGUUAGCUAACCUUAACAAUUUAACCUUACGAAUUCUAAUACCUAACAUAUAAUAAAUGGAUAAUGGACAUCCACAAAUUAAUACAUACCAUAUCAUACUAAUUUGAUGGCCAGGCUUUUUGUUUACUAUGUUACGUCUACUCCUGAGUCCAGGUUGCUAUUCAAGAGUGCGGGUGCCUGUACAAUCUCGUAGAGCUCGGGGAUCGCAUCGAAUAUGAAUUGGAAACUUUUUAUGGUUUUGAAUGUUGAAUUUGAUGACUAAUUUAACAACAUCCAAUGGAUAAAGAAACCAUGUCCACCAAUUUUGGUCUAUCAAGAACUUUGAAAAGGACAGGCAGUUUGUCUUCGAGAACGGUCAGGAUAGUGAUUUUGGGCCAAGCGGCUGUUGGCAAAACUGCAAUGGCUGUGCGAUUUAUCACUAGAAGAUUCAUUGGCGAGUAUGACCCAACGCUCGAGACCAUAUAUAGACAUGAGAUGUCUAUUGGUGGUGAUGUGGUACACUUUGAAAUACUGGACACAGCAGGGCAGGAGGAAGAUGCCCUGCUGAUCGAAGAGAAGAUAAAGUGGGGAGACGGAUUUGUGAUUGUGUACUCUGUAACAGAUAGGUGUAGCUUUGACGAGGUCAUGCGCCUCUGUUUCCUCGUCAAUCACAUCCACUCUUCUUCAGGCGCCUGCAAGUGCAGCCCUGAGCCUCCACCCAUAGUUAUUGUGGCCAACAAGAAGGACCUUGAGUUUGACCGAAUGGUGAGCACUGAGGAUGGAGAAGGCCUGUCACAGGGCUUAAAACUGCCCUUCCAUGAGAUUUCAGUGCGUGACGGAUGGGAAGAGACAGCUGCCGUCUUUAGUGUUCUUUAUGGAGAUGUGAUCCAGCAGCUUGACACUUCCCCAGCCUCAUUUCGCAGGAGAGCAGUCUCCAAGCUGAUGGAGAAGAUCCCCAGGAUCAACUCCAAUCCUCCUGGCACCCCUGGCCGCAGCUUCAGCUUCAGCUCAUUCAGGGACUUCCUGCCUGACUGAGCCGGAUGGGUUGGGGCUCUGAACAGCGUCUGUGAUUUGGGUAUUCACAGGGGGAAAGUGGAACAUGUUGUUUUGGCAGCGUGCCUCUCUAGAAUAGCUGUGUUAGUGCUCUAUGGAAAGUGAUACACCUGGAUACCUGGAUAAGAGACUUGGACACAUUCGAUUGGAAGAUGGACCUAGCAACUACUGUAGAAUGUAAUUCUAUAAAUAUUUGUGGGGAUAAGAUUAAAAUCAAGCGUAAUAAAGAGUAUUACAAUUCUGUUUGUUGUUCAUGUCUCAUCAAAAUACAAACUAAACAUCAAAAACUUUUAGUAAUAAAAUGUAAAUAUUUUUUGCAGUAUCAUGUGAAUAAAAUGAACAUUCUGCAGAUGUGCACAGAGAGUAUAUUUUUGAAAGUAGAAGAGGCAGGUGUAUUUGAUCUUUCCUCAAGAUCGAUCUUUUUUUCUUUCUUUUU